AUGGCUUCCACUCUGCCGUACCUGGCCAGUCCAGUGCCCUCCCAGCCGCGUCAUUCGGACCGCAAGAAGCUGCGCUCGGCCUGCGAUUCCUGUCAUCAAUGCAAGGUCAAAUGCUCCGGCGGAUCGCCCUGUUUUCGCUGCACGUCGAGGGGCUUGUGCUGUCGUUAUGGCUUUCAGAAUAGAGCAGGAAAGCCCAAGGGGAGCAAGAACCGCAAGACGCUCGAAAGGGAACAUCGGCUGCGUCUGGGAUGGCUGCAUUCUCUCGACAGUUCCACCAUCAACCUCUCCGGUCAGACCUCACUCUCGAAUCCAUGUACCGACUUCUCCUCACCGCUCGACUUGGACCCGUGGACGAUGGAGAUGGACCUCGCCCUGCAGACCCCCCCGGAGGAAAGCAGCUCAGAGAGUUUAGAAGCCUUGACGACGCCGGUAUCUUCGUUCGGCGACGACGCGUACCUCCAACUGAGCGACCCUGCCACGUCGAUAUCCCCCGAGUUCCCGCCUCUUCAGCAACACCCAGAUCAAGGCUGUGGCUGCGUGCAGAGUCAGGCAGUCAACGUCGCUGCCCUGCACCAGCUAACGGGUCGCGACCGCUCCGAUCGCUUCGAUCUGGCCAUGAAGUCCAUCACCGCCACGCUGGAGACCUGCGAGCGCUUCAUCGCCUGCCACGCCUGCCACAAGUCCCUCUCCUCCAUCCUCCUCACCCUGUCCGCCACAGAGCUUAUCUUCAGUCUUUCCGAGCAACUCACCAUGAACAAUCACCCGCCUGGUGCCUUGCCCUGUUCGUUGGGUAACUACAAAGUCACCCAGGAAGAGGGGCAGGCCAUUCGCAACGUUCUCAUCAAGAUCACCCUCUCCAGGGGGCGCCAGACGCUCGACGCCUUGCACAACCUGUUGAAUGUCGACUCAGUGGACUCCUCUCUCGGGUGCUGCGAGGACGCCAGACCCGACUUAGAGCCUGUCUUGGUGAGUGGCUUGUCUGUCGCGGAUCGAGAGUACAUGACUCUAUGGAUUCGGCGGAAACGGGCGGCGCUGGACGUUCUCAUGGCUGCUGUUGUUGUUUAG